AUGAUGAAGAGAUCAAAUCCCUUAACAGCCCUUUUAAAUGGGAACAAUAGGAAGAAAGUGAAAUUAAAUACCUCAUCAAUUGAAAACAAAUCAAUGUGCCCGUCAGAAAUUGAGAAUCCAGUACAAAAUAUAGACGAACAUCCAUCCUCUUCAGAACUAGAUAUCCCCUUUGAAGAUUUAUCAUCAUCUCCACUUAAACUGACAGAACAACAAAAUUGCAAUUUAUUUUCAGUUAGCCAUAUUUCACCUAUAAAAGAAAAAUUGAAGAAUCAAUCAGUUCAAAACUUUUUAAUGAAUCGACCAACGGAGAAAAAGGAACCGAUAAUAAUUUCAAUAGACGAUGGCGAUGAAGAAGAAACCGCGAUCCAUCAUAAUGCGAACGCUUACAAAGAUACCUCAGCAACAUAUGUAGAUGAUGAUAUGAUAAUAACAUCCUCAAAUACAAUAUUGAAUGAUUUAUCAAAAAACGUGAAGAAAGUGAAAUUGAAAGACCUCUUCUCUAAUUUCAAGAAAAGCAAUAAUGAUGCUGAUGGUGCUGACACAGAAGGCGCAUUGAAAAGGAAAAACCCUAUAUCAAAAUUAAAAGAAAUUGAUCCACCUAUACGAUAUCGCCAAUCAAUUGAGCCAGAAGGCACAGAUUAUAUUAACCACGGUGAUGUAACUUUACCACUACACGAGAAGCGAUGUACAGUUGACCAUAAUAUUAAUAUCACACAACAAUAUACAUGGACUGAACAAGAUUACAAGACAAUACGAGAUGUAGUUGAUGACACACCGACAAUUUCGACAACUUAUACAUUUGAAUAUAAAAAAAAACUAUCAAGCAAUUGGCCAGAAUUCUUCAAACCUAAAUCCGUCAACGAAGUAAUGUUGGAACCGGCAUUAAAGACAGCAUUUAAAGAAUGGAUUGAAAAGUCGUUUGAAUUAUUGAAGAAAGUCACAAGUAGGAAGAAAUUACAAAAUAUAAUUGAAAAGGAUGAAAAUUCUGAGUUCGCUAAUUUUAUCAUUCAUGAUAACGAUGAAGACGAAGAAGACAUCAAUGAUUCGAAUGUGGUGGAUUUCGUACCUUUGGCAAUUCUACAUGGAUAUGCAGUAGGGAAAAACACAUUAGUGGAAGUAAUCAUGAGAGAUUUAGAUUGUCAGAUAUUUGAGGUUAAUUCAUCAGAAAACAGAAGUAGGAAAGAUAUACUUGAUAAAUUGAGUGAAUUUGCAACGACACAUUACGUUAAAGGUCACGGUUCUAAAGGGGUUAUUUUAUUUGACGACGUUGACGUACUUUUCAAAGAGCAUGAUAAAUUAUUUUGGCAAGCUGUUGAAAAAACACUACUGACAUCCAGAAGACCCAUAGUUUUGAUUUGUAGAGAUCUCAACUUUAUACCGACAAAUCUGAUUGAAGUCGCUGAAGAAGAGAAUUCAUUGUUUGAAGUAAAGAAAAUCUCUAAUAAAACAUGUCUUAUGUUUGUUAAACGUUACUGUCAGACCCUUAAAUUAACUUUAGACGAGGAUAUACUAUCGAUGACCGUUGAAAGGAAUAAGGGUGAUAUUAGAAAAUGCUUAGUGGACUUACAGUUUAACUUUUCCUCCUCUGGUGAGUUUAAUUGCCCAAAAGAUAACAUGAAUUCAUUCCACGGAUCAUUAAUUGAUUUCUCAUUCAAUUCCGAGUUGUCAUCCAUAAAUAAUAUUCUAGAAGCAAACACUGAAUAUAAAUCCUCCAUAAAUCAAGGUACCGAUAAAACACUAUUGACAAAAAACAACGAAGAGGUUUUCAAUUCUAACCCAGAUGAAGAAUUUCGUAGGAAGCACGAUUAUAUGGUUGAUUACAGGUACCAUCUUCAAGAUUCCAUACAAGGUGCAUUACUUCCCUAUGAGUUAAGUAUUGCUAACUAUAUGAAAGAAAUGUUGGAUCGAAGAUAUGGUGACUUGAAACUUUCGAAGGUAUUUGAUAAUAAUGCUUAUAAAUUCCCGAAGAUGACUAAGAAUUCUUUGGCAUUCUUAAGUGGUAGAGUAAAUCCAAGGAAAAUUCAAUUUGAGACAACUUUAAGGAAGACGAGGAAUUCAAGAAGGAUACGAGAAAUAUUAGAUCGAUUUGAUGAUAAUCAUAACGUUGAUGAAUAUGAUAAUACUGCAGAAUUCGAUUUUUUCAAGACAAAUAAAAGACAUAUCCAAACAGAUUUAAAUGCAUAUGUUUUAGAGUUGGCUAAAGGAGAGGCCUAUCGUAAAGAGAAGAACCUUGAACUUUUUUCACGAGUUUCAAAAGAAUAUCCUGAAGAAUCAGAAGACAAUAUCGUACGUCAGUUGGGUCAAGACGGGUUGUUAAAACCUGUACGGUUCAAAAGUAAUCCUCAAACUGUGAUCAAAUCUUGGAACUUAUAA